ACAAAGUUGAUGAGCCUGUGGAUUUUACAUGUUUGACACUUGGGAUCUCCUGCACCACACUGAAUAUGAAGUCCAAGGAAUCUAUAUAGUGGCAGUGGAACACCUCAUGACAGAGAUGGUCACUAGCAAAUCAAGACUCAUGACGUAAUGAACAUAGAGGACUCGACCAAUAAUGAUCAAGACGAGGAGCAAGAGCCAGCCAAUGAGAAUGCCAUGUAUAAUAACCCCUCACUUGUCGGUCUUUCACCUCGAUUCCUCAAUGACAGCGCCACCUACCAGUUUAAUUUAACGGAUGCCAUUGAACACUCGACAAAUUCUGUCCUCACUGAAAGGGAGAAGUUUUACCGAUCUUACAAUCCCAAUGUGGGCUUGCACACGGCCGCAGUGCUUGGUGGGAUUCUUGUGUGGGUGAUUAUAUACCUGUUUUACAGAACAAAGUGCAAGAAAGCUGUGAUUCGACUGAUUCGGCAAAAAAGGAAAAAGGAUAAAGUGUUUGCCGAGAAAGAGGUGAUGGGAAGGUUCAUCCCCACCACUGUGGAGCAGACUUGUGGUUUGUUGGAACACUCAACUAUCAGUGGAUUUGAUCAAAAGUUUUUUGGAAAAGAUUUUGUGAUAGAUCAAAUCCAGGCCAGUAUAGAAUGCCAAAAGCUGAUAGUCAACGAACACAAUUACAGCCCCACCACUGAUGAUCAGCAUUCAAAAUGGAAUCAAACAGAGUUACCCUCACCUGUUCUGCUUCCAACAUGCAACCUUUCUUCCCCUUCAGUUACAACACUAGACCUCCAUCAGAUGCGACAACAGCAACUUAUUCAGCAACUUCCAAGCGUUGAAACAGACAUCGCAAUGGCAACAGCUCAAUGGGUUCAGGAUCAACCAUUAUCAUCACAAAGCGCCAGUUUCCAAGACAUCUCAGGAGUAAUUCUCAAAGUUCAACCCCACACGGUGCGAAACCAGAUCCCAGGAUCUUGUCCAUUGGACUCACUGACAUUACGGCACAAUCUCACUCCAGUAAUGCCCAAGACAUGGAACAAAAGUAUGCCAAUUUUAUCCGAGAAUUUGCACAUAUCAUGUGAAGAACUCUCAGCAGAGAAGAAAACAAACUGCAAAGAGGACAAGAAGGUGAAAGUGCUGCCAAAAUUGACCAUACCAAUUCCAGAUCUAAAGGAGCUUUCCUGCUCUUCAAGACUCAAUGCGUAUUCCCCAGUGCCUAUACCCGUAACGCCCACAGUGAUGAUACAGAACUUUACCUCAAAAGGAAACACCAAAAACUCCCCCCUUCACAGGAACAACAGUAAUGAUUCCAUGACCUCAAACUCCUCUGAGGAUCCGUUACUUGCUCAGCCUCAGAUGCAGGUAGGCUGGGUAGGCAAAAACAUGCUUACACUACCCCGGACCAAAGAUUCCGACUGCAAAGAGGAUACACAGUGUAAUACCUCACACCUACAUCCCAUUAUCAAGAUUGAUAGCAUGGAAACAAAGUUAUAGCAUUUAUCACAUGGUGCCAAAAUACACAUUGGUCCUAAACAACAGUCUCAAAUCUAAUGGAGUAUUUUGUAUUGAUGUAUGGAAAUGGCAAGAGUAUCAUUCAGACACAUUUCAUGCAUGUUCAUAGGAUCUCUAGCUUUACCAUCUUCAGGGUAUGUGGUCAAUGUGUACAUGGUAUUUUCAAAUGUCAAAUUCUAUUUGAUUUGAAAGGUUAUUUUUGUGUGUUAGGAGGCACAUUGAAACAGAACUUUAAUCCACAUACAGCAAACUACAGAUAUAACGAACUCAAAGGAUUAAUUAAUUUUAGUUCGUUAUAAGCAUAAACACAGCAUAACUACAGCAAAUAGUCGGGACAAAAAAGUAAGUUCAUUAUAUCCGUCAGUUCGUUAUAAACAUUGUUUAGUGUAUAUAGAAUUCAAAGGUUGCUAAGAUUUUUGUUGCAAAAAGACUUGCAUUUCUGGAAAAAAAAGUCAAGCACAACUUUCUAUAUAUGUUCAUUCAAAUUUAAAAAGAAAUCCUAUCCUGUAUUAAUAGAACACAUUCACUUUUGUUUACCAAGUGACAUAUACUACUCACCACUCCUAAGGACCAUAAGUCAUAUUUUGUCAAAGGUGUGGUCCUUAGCCAAUGUUGAGUAGUUUAAUCAUAUUCAAAUACAGAAACCAAAAUUGAUUACUUAACAUGUUUUGCAUCUGUUCCAUGGCUGUAGUUAUCAGGCCACACUUUCAAUAGCUUCUUUGCAUAUGAUGAGACCCAGUCUGGAGAAACAUUCAGUGUUCUUGUACCAACUUUCAGCAGGUAUCAGUGUUAUCUUAUUUAUCAAAAUGAGAUCAAUGCCAUAUGUAGGUAUUCUUGAAAAGGCAUAGAAGUUAGCAACAUAUGAAAAUAAUGAAGGGUCAGCGCUGAACUGUUUACCAGGUGAACAUAUAAUGAAUAUACCUUAAGAUGGACCAUAUAAUGAAUAUACCUUAAGAUGGACCAUAGAAUGAAUUUACCUUAGGAUGGACCAUAGAAUGAAUAUACCUUAAGAUGGACCAUAUAAUGAAUAUACUUUACAAUGGACCAUAUAGUGAAUAUACUUUAGGAUGGACCAUAUAAUGAAUGUACUUUAAGAUGGAUCAAAUAAUGAAUAUACCUUAAGAUGGACCAAAUAAUGAAUAUACCUUAAGAUGGACCAAAUAAUGAAUAUACUUUAAGAUGGACCAAAUAAUGAAUAUACUUUAAGAUGGACCAUAUAGUGAAUAUACUUUAAGAUGGACAAUAUAAUGAAUAUACUUUAAGAUGGACCAAAUAAUGAAUAUACCUUAAGAUGGACCAAAUAAUGAAUAUACUUUAAGAUGGACCAUAAAAUGAACAUACUUUAAGAUGGACCAAAUAAUGAAUAUACUUUAAGAUGGACCAUAUAAUGAACAUACUUUAAGAUGGACCAUAUAAUGAAUAUACUUUAUGAUGGACCAAAUAAUGAACACACUUUAUGAUGGACCAUAUAAUGAAUAUACUUUAUGAUGGACCAAAAAAUGAAUGUGCUUUGAGAUGGACCAUAUAUCCUUGUCUUUGUAAAGCACAACCCUAUGAAACUGAAGAUCAGGGAUAGAAAUUAGCAUUAGCAUGCAAGCCCAAACAAGCUUGCCCAAAGUUAAAGAUGUCCUCUGUCUAUUAGAAUUGUUAAAAAUGUUGGAUGUUGUGAUACAUUAUUAUUUGAGCUGAUAGACUAUCAAGGUUAAUUUCUAUCCCUCAAAGAUUAUAUUUCCUAGUGGCUUAUGUGUGAGAUGAUACCAUGGGGCUAAUGACACCAUCACAGACCCUGACAUACCUGACAGUAGUGAGUUCUGUGAAUGGAAGCUGUGAACGAGACAUAUGCACAAAGAUGAUGCAACAUUUCUACAGGUCACUGACCUCUUUAACAUACUACUCCACUUUUGAUAGAGAUUUUUAUCUUUCUAAGAUACACAAACAUGAUUCUCAUAUGUCAGUGAAUGUAUAAUUGGAAUGACAUAUCUGAUUAUCUCUAUCAAUUGUUGGGUAGUAUAUGUGGUCCAUCCAUUACUUCAACUAUUCACCAGACUACACAAUAGUGCGACAGAGCUCAGAUGUUCAUCAUGAAAAUAUCAGCCCCAACGGCAGCAUUUCAUGUCUUCUUAAAGACAAACAUUAUGGCUCCCUCGAAAAUAGGGAUACUGCCUCCUUGCGCUGAAGGGUCACACCUUUCUGUCAUCUGAAACGUACCUUUACCAAUGCUGGAUUACACAGAUGUAUCCUAGCUUCAGCUUGGCACCAGUGGACAUGGCCAUUCCACAAUGCAUGAAACUGGUUAGAAAAUCUACAUAAUGUAACCUGCAAACUCUGCAAUGAAAACCUGUUUGUGCGUGUUGGGGAAUAGUCUUGUCCUGGCUCUAGUGCAAUACACUGCUAAGCUAGUGUACAACCAUAUAUUCCGUUUGGUUAUGGCACCUUUCAGCAUUUAGGAAUGUACCUGGGGUUCAUAUCUGUUGUAACAUGUAUAAUUAUACGUAAUAAAAUCCAGCUAUCUGAUUGGCUAGUCACCGUCUUGUACAAUCCCUUACAAGUCGGUUAGUUGGUCGUCCGGCCAUUGCAGACAUCAUGACAUCAUUGUGAUGUCAUCUGGUGCCAUGUCAUAACUGACCUUGUUCACAUUUUACGGAGCCCAUUGGCGGUCACAAGGCAGAUCUGAAAUUGUCACAUAAACAUACUUCAUAGAAAAUUCAUCUUUAACUCUUUGAACACACAAUGAUAAUUUGUUCCAAGUGUCAAUAGCAGGGUGAACAGGAAUUUAUGAGCUGAACGUUCUUGUACAUGGUGUACAUGCCCAUUCCGCUUGUAAUUCCCCAUAAUUCCUCGCUACUGACACACGUUACUCAUAAUAUGACAACGCCCACUUCAGUCCUAUAGUGCUCCUGUGUUUAAAAAAUGGCAGCUUGAGAGUCCAUUAGUUACUAAGCUACACAUUGAUAGCACCCUCAGCAAAUAUUCAGUAAUCAAUCAGUUCAUCCUCAAGGUAACUAUCGAACAAGUAACGGACAAUUUUCAAAUGUUUUGUAUACGUUGUCUUUGCCCUAUAACUCCACACAUGCAUCAUUCAGUGAGUGAGUGAGUGAGUGGGGUUUAUGCCAUGGUCAGGAACAUACAACAUGGCAGCAUGCAAUCACCUAGAUUGGACCAAGCAAGCCAGUAGUCACACGGGUGAAUAUUGUUCCACAGAAUAACAGGCAGUGUUUGUCCUUAUAGCAAGCACUUCAGGAAGCAUCUAAGUUAAAUUCAACUUCAAAGUUCAUCAAUAUGCCAUGGCAAGCCUAUGUAAACAGUCUUUGUCUUCAGCCACUUGUCCAGAACUGGGUUUGGUAAAAACAAUUACUGUCUUAAGCUGAGCUUAUAAAAAUUCAAAAGCCAGGGAACAAAAGUCUUCAAAACAGAUUCCUUUGGGCAUAAAAGGCAGCGGUGAAAAUAAUAUGAAUGGAUCAUGGCGAUUAGUCACUUAAUGUUGUUUAGUGCAAGUUUUUCUUUAGUUUGCAACCUAUUUUUCAUUUCGUGAAAAAUGUCUUAUAAUAAUUAUUUUGUAAUUUUUGUGUUAAUGUUAUGAAAGAGCAGCCAAGGUGUGAUAUUCUGUACAAUAUGAUGAUGAGGCCUUAGAUAAUGUAGCAAUUAGUAUAAUGACCCAUGUACAUAAACUUUCCUUGUCUUUGUCUACAACAUUUAAUGAAACCCUUUGCAAAGUAACACAAAACAGGUUCUGUGCAUCAUUUAACUAUCAUGUAUUGUAUUGUGAGGUAAUGUAUUCAUACAACAUAAUAAAAACCGAUUAUCAAGAUUAUUUCAAUUAUCUGAUGAAACAGAUUCCUUUGAGCAUAAAGACAAAACAGUGAUGAAAAUCUUAAAAGUUAUAUAAGAUAGCUGAAAAAUCAGUGAUGACACCAGGUGUUCGCGAUAAGGGUGAGCAUGUGCUGCUCUAUUGGUAGCACCCACAACUCACACAAUUUGGAUAAAAAAGUGUGUGUUGUCUAACAAUUCAAGUACCUAUAAGACGGAAAAGAAAAUGAUAUGAAAAUGAAUGGUAAAAUAUUUUUUUCUGAUAUUUACAAGCCUUGAAGUCUCUGUUAUUCAAUUGACUCAAAAUAAAAUUGACUCAAGUUUGCAUUCAUAAUUUCAUCUUUCAAGAUUCAUCAGCAUGAAUGGUAUUUGCCAUGUUUAAUACAAAACAUUAAUGAGGUAUUAUAAGUGAAAUCGGUGAUUGGUUCCUGAUUCUUCUACCACUGAGUGCUUCUAAGCGAGCUGAUUGGUCAGAACAGGUUCAAUAGUAGUUUCCUGAAGGACAAUACCUCUCACUGAUCAUGAUACCUGACAAACAGCAAGUCAGUGUUCACAUCCCAUUAGCCUUAGACAGGUGAAAAGGUGUCAGGGCUGGUAGUUGAGCACAAUGCUAUGUUCCAUAACCAUCUACCCAGAAGUCAGACAAGUUGAAUAUAACUCAUCGUGUCUGGCUCGGGUCAUUGUUAAUAUUAAUCAAUAAAUGGACACCUGUAUUCAAUGUAGUUAAUGCACUGCUUCCAUCAACAAACACAACUCAGCAUUGUCACAGAGUAAGGCCUGAAGCUGAUCUGGGUUCUUCCAAAACUCGGACACAAGAACAUUUAAAAAUUAUCUGUUGUCCAGUUUUACUGAAAAUUUUAUUAAAUUACCCUUCAAUAAAAAUCUACUAUCAAGUCCAAAAUUUACUGUCAAAUUUGAAAUUAAAAAAAUAGCUCAUUUGAAUAUGUAUCCUCCUGCCCUUGAACAUGUUGAAUUUUUUUUACAGAACCUUUUUGUAAAACUGCAUUGUAAAUGUAUAAGUUUUCCUAUUUAGGAUAUUCAAAAAAGAGAAAUACAUGUACCAUAUUCGACGUAAUAAGCC